AUGCAGAUCCUCUACGGCCUGAACGCACUCCAGCGGAACCCCGACUGCUCCUGGAACAGCAGCAACGCGCUCAGCCUGCUCAAGUACAGCGCCAGCAAGAAGUACAAUAUGUCAUGGGAGCUGGGCAAUGAGCCUAAUGGGUACCGCGAGCUGGGUCCCCACUGGGUGAAUGGGAGCCUGCUGGCUCAGGACCUGCAGCUGCUGAGGACUCUGCUGCAGUCAGUGCGCUUCUACAGCCGCUCCGGCCUCUACGGCCCCAACACGGGCCAGCCACGCAGGAACUCUGCACAGCUACUGGAGGGGUUCUUAAAGAAUGGUGGCUCCAUGGUGGAUGUGGUAACGUGGCAACACUACUACACAGACCGACGUGUGUCAAAGGUGGAUGAUUUCCUGAAGACACGACUCCUGGACACUCUAAAUGAACAGAUCACCAAAGUCCUGAAGAUUGUAAACACACAUGCUCCUGGAAAGAGGGUGUGGCUCGGAGGAUUCGGACCAGCAUGGGUGGGAGGCAACAACAACCUAUCAGACACGUUUGGAGCAAGCUUCCUCUGGUUGAACACGCUGGGGAUCUCUGCCCUCCACGGGAUCGAUGUGGUUCUGCGACACUCAUUCUUUGACUACGGAUACGGCCACCUGGUGGACCAGCACUUCAACCCUCUACCUGACUACUGGCUCUCCUUGCUGUUCAAGCGUCUGGUUGGUCAGCGGGUUCUGGCUGUGCAGGUUGCCGGGUUACAGAGAAGGCCCCGCCCAGGACGAGUCAUCAGAGACAAGCUGCGCAUCUACGCCCACUGCACAAGCUCACGCAGUCAGAGCUACGUCAGAGGCUCCAUCACCAUCUACAUCAUUAACCUGCAUCGCUCCCGCAAGAAGAUCAAGCUGGCCGGGAGCCUCCGCGACAGGACCGUCCAGCAGUACCUGCUGCAGCCCCUUGGACCCAACGGCCUGCAUUCCAGGUCAGUGCUGUUAAACGGUGAGCCGUUGCAGAUGCUGGAUGACGAGUCGCUUCCUGAACUGAGGCCUCGGACCCUGAGGGCGGGGCGAACCAUCGCCAUGCCGCCCACAUCCAUCGGUUUCUACGUCAUCAAGAACAUCAACGCCUAUGCCUGCCGCCGAUGAUACAC